AACGACACGCAUAAACACAACGCUCCCAUCCAUGCUGAAAAAAAUCAAACUGGAUAGUAGCCGGCUGUGAAAACAAUACAAAUAUUUUAUACAAAAAAAAAACUUUUAUGUCAAACUUUAUACAUUUUAAUUCAAGCUAUAUUGCUUUUUUAUAAUUGCUAUAUUAUGAACGAAUUAAAAGGCAGGUUUGUAAAUAUUGUGCUCAGUGUUGAAGAAGGACGAGGUUUUGAUCUGGUAAAAUGUCCGUUCUACGUUACCGCGAGUUUUCAUGGACGCAAAAUGGACUCGGAUAUCGUGGAGGGAGCAAAUGUGGUAUUCAAUACCGAGAUGGUUUGGGAGACAGAAAAGAAACUUCUGCGAAAAGUGCGCGGUUCCUAUUCCAACAUACGCUUAGAAUGCUUCACCAGUGAAGGAAAAUUACUGGGCUUCACCUUGGUCUGUUUACGCAGUGCCAAGAUUGUACCAAUGUCUAAAGUUAACCUCACAGAGAUAAAUCCCAUAUGGACAAAGCUAGUUAGCGUCCCCAAUGAAAUUAGAAAAAGCACUCCCGAAUUGGCCGUAUUUUUGCUAAUCCGAGAUUUCGUCCCGAACAUGCCACCAAACUCACCACUGCAGAAAAUCUAUCCCAGCCCUGAUCUGCCCGAACUUCCAUCACUUCAAUUUCAACAGAUUCGAGUGCCCGUAAAAUAUUCCGAAGAAGGUUACAUUCAGCUUGGCAACCCGGAAGAUUGUAAACUUAAAUUCCAACUUAAAUUAACCUUGUUAAUCGGGUACGACUUGGACGUUAUAAUGCCCGAAAGCAUCAUCUUCGGAAACACUUCUAAGACUUUUCACCUAUCAGUUGAAAUAUUUGGGCUGGAAGUAAAAACACGUAAAAUAUCUGAGAAUGUAUAUGCUCCAAUGGUAAUUUUCAACGAAUCUAUAGUCAUCAAUCUGAUGUUGUCGCACUACGACCUAUUGGGCACUUACUUCCAGCAGUAUCCUGUGAUCAAAGUAAAAUUCAACAUUGAGAACGAUAUGCUGGCUGUGGCCGACAUAGAUAUGAAACAACUGAACCUAGAUUUACCCGAAGUCAUCUUUAAUGAAUGCAAACGAAGAUUCGAAAUGGAGCAGGUAUGUUUUUUCGAUGGGUACUAUAGAGCAUCCUGUUCUACCCAAGAAAUGCGCAGAGCAACCAUUUCAGUCAAAUGCGUCCUCGAGGGGGUGGAUUCCUUUGAAAAUAAGCAACAAGAAACUACAUCAAAUGAGGCGACAAUAUGCGGGCCUAAUGAAAUCAAUAGCCCCAUGAAUCAAGCUGGAGAUGGUCUCGUCUCUGGACCGGUUGAACUAUCUCUCACUCAUAGACCACAAAGCUUUUACUUAAGCAGCGAUAGUAAUAGCACCAUCAAUUCUGAUGAUCUACGUGACCACAUCGAGCACUACCAGCAGUUGCUCUUAGAGAUGAAGGUGGAAUCAAUUAUGUGGAAAGCCGUCUUGAGCUCAAGAAGAUUCAUUUUUAAAUUAAUGCAUCCAACAAUCAACAGUGCUCUCGGAAAAGAGAUCGAAAUCGACACAUAUCCACAUAAGGAAAUUCGAAUUAAAGGAGUUGAAUGUAACGUCAGCAUGGUGGCUUUAAAUUCACGUAUAAACUACAUGAUUGUGAAUUACACUCCAAAGCUUGAACUCUAUGACGCCGAAGAGCAGGCACUGAUCGGAAGCAUGGGCACGAUCGAUUUCACAAGAUUUCAUAUAAAUAAGUCUGGCCCGCCCUACGAUGUGAUGCUCCUAGCGCCAUCGGGACAAGAAAUCGGCACCCUGUAUAUCACAGUCAUGGCGAACGUAAUGAGCGAUGUACUUGCAGAACCUCCUGCGCUAUUCCACCUAUCGCCCACCAUUUUGGACGAAACUAUUAUCAUGCACACACUCGAUGAAUUAAAUGAUUGGCAAAUAAAGAAGUGCGAAGAAAUCGAAGCAACUCUCGAUGCACAAAAAGAAUUGGAAAUGAAGCGCCUCAGCGCUGAGUUUCGUACAAAGACGUUGCCGCUCCAGGAAGACCUCCUAAAGAAUCUUGAGAAAUGCCGUACUCUCGUAAAGCGCCAAGAAAAACGUAAGCAACUUGAUACCAUUGAUCUCGAGGUGACCAAUCUAAUGAAAACCCAGGAGUACAGCAUCAUAAUGGAGAUUCAUAAGAAUACCAUCAAGUUUCAACUUUCCGAUAAACAAGAACUUAUUGAAAUAAUAAGCGAAUUAGAGUUGAAGCACACCAUUUUGCGCGAAAUGUUGAGUGAACAAUCACUCCAAAUGCAAGAGUUGAAGGAGACGCAGCUGACUGCCGAACAGACCAAGAUCUUGUUGACAGAUCUACGGGCAAUGGAACAAAAAUGCGAAAUUGCCCAACAAGACAAAAAUUACUUUAAGAAAGAGUACGAGAAAGCCAUGAAGGAAGUGCACAACCUAAAACUCGACCAUCAUAGAAACAUCGCGUCGAAGAUACACAAUGACAAACAAGCCUUAAAUAUAUUGGUGACUUUACCAGCGUUAAAUAACAAUGCAAAACCUAGUCGUGGGCCAGGGACAAAACCAUUAACCAAAACGAAAAGUGCAAGUAACCCGCCAUAUAGAGCAGGGUCGCGUCCAGUUAGUCGUCGAUCGGCACGGGGCGACGACACGAAACCCAAAACCUCAGAUGAUCAAACUAACAAGGAAGUCUAAUUCUGGCCCAACACUAAACUAUCAUUUAUUUAUUUUCUUGAUUCUAUGGCGCUUUUGCCUGUACAAUAUGAAAAAUUGAAUAAAAUUGAAUGCCUCGUAA